AUGGCGGAAGGAGGUGAGCGAGAGGAGCUGCUCUCGCCACCGCCGGUCUCUCCGGCAAAGCGGUUGUGCUCAUGGCCCAGCCCGCAAGCUCGCCACCCCCGCGGUUCUCCGGGGGCUACUAGCGGAGGGGCGGGGGGCGUCGGCAGCAGCUGCUUGGCCCCAGGGGCCCGCCCCCACCUGCAGCCGGAGUCCUUGUUGGACUGCGCCGCCAAGACGGUGGCGGAAAAGUGGGCGUACGAACGGGUGGAGGAGCGCUUCGAGCGGAUCCCGGAGCCGGUGCAGCGCCGCAUCGUCUACUGGUCCUUCCCGCGGAAUGAGCGGGAGAUCUGCAUGUACUCCAGCUUCCAGUACCGGGGCGGCCCCGGCGCCGGCGCUGCUGGCGGCGCCACGGGGGCUUCGCCAGCCGAGGAGGGGCCGCCGCCACCCCCCGGGGCCCCUGCUCCGGCCGGCUCCGCCCCCGGGGCCGCUUCGGCAGGGGCAUCCCCUGGGCUAGGCACUGGGGCUGGCGCGGCUGGUGGCGGCAGUAGCGGCGGCGAAGGUCUGCCGUUCCGCCGGGGCAUCCGUCUGCUGGACAGCGGCUCCGUGGAGAACGUGCUGCAAGUAGGCUUUCAUCUGAGUGGCACAGUAACUGAGCCACCCACUGCUUCUGAACCAGCAGUGACUUACAAAGUUGCAAUCAGUUUUGAUCGAUGCAAAAUCACUUCAGUGACAUGUGGCUGUGGGAAUAAGGACAUAUUCUACUGUGCUCAUGUGGUAGCACUCUCACUCUACAGGAUCCGGAAGCCAGACCAAGUCAAAUUGCGUCUUCCUAUCUCGGAAACCCUUUUCCAGAUGAAUAGGGACCAGCUACAGAAGUUUAUUCAAUAUUUAAUCACGGCACACCACACUGAAGUUCUUCCUACUGCACAAAAGCUGGCAGAUGAGAUUCUGUCCUCCAACUCAGAAAUCAACCAAGUGAAUGGUGCCCCUGAUCCCACAGCUGGGGCCAGCAUUGAUGAUGAGAACUGUUGGCACUUAGAUGAGGAACAGGUAAAAGAACAAGUGAAGCUCUUUCUCUCCCAGGGAGGUUACUAUGGCUCUGGAAAGCAGCUCAACUCAAUGUUUGCCAAGGUUCGAGAGAUGCUACGGAUGAGAGAUUCUAAUGGAGCCAGGAUGCUGACACUUAUAACUGAGCAGUUUAUGGCUGACCCACGACUCACACUUUGGAGGCAGCAAGGAACAAGCAUGACAGACAAGUGCAGGCAGCUCUGGGAUGAACUAGGGGCUUUAUGGGUGUGUAUAAUUUUAAAUCCACACUGCAAACUGGAGGAGAAGUCCUGUUGGCUGCAGCAGCUGCAGAAGUGGAGCGACCUGGAUGUCUGUCCCCUGGAGGAUGGGAACUAUGGGCAUGAACUUCCCAACAUCACCAAUGCACUUCCCCAGAAUGUCAAUCACAGCCCAGACUCCUUAUCCAGACCAAGACGAACAGUGUUCACUAGAGCCAUCGAGGGCCGUGAGUUACAUUGGCAGGACAGCCACCUACAGAGAAUAAUCAGCAGUGAUAUAUAUACAGCUCCUGCCUGCCAGCGAGAAAGUGAGCGACUACUCUUUAAUUCCCAUGGCCAGCCACUGUGGCUUGAGCAUGUGCCUACAGCUUGUGCUCGUGUCGAUGCCUUGCGUUCUCAUGGUUAUCCAAAAGAGGCCCUCAGACUCACGGUGGCCAUUAUUAAUACUCUGAGGUUGCAGCAGCAGCGGCAGCUGGAAAUCUACAAGCAUCAGAAGAAAGAACUGUUGCAGAGAGGAACCACAACCAUCACAAACCUGGAGGGCUGGGUGGGCCACCCCCUGGAUCCCAUUGGCUGCCUGUUUCUCACUUUGACUGAAGCCUGCCGCCUGAAUGAUGAUGGCUAUAUGGAAGUGUCAGAUAUGAGUGAAAGCAGACUCCCUGUGUACCAGCAUGUACCUGUGGCUACAGACUGCGCAAACAGCAGUGAGUCCUACCUGUCAUUAGCCCUGGAAGUUGCUCUGAUGGGCAUGGGUCAACAGAGGGUAAUGCCUGAAGGCCUCUAUGCACAGGACAAAGUAUGUCGUAAUGAGGAACAACUUCUAAGCCAACUCCAGGAGCUGCAGCUGGACGAUGAGCUAGUACAAACACUGCGGAAACAGUGCAUCUUACUACUAGAAGGAGGCCCCUUCAGUGGUCUAGGAGAAGUCAUCCACCGAGAGAGUGUCCCCAUGCAUACCUUUGCCAAGUAUUUGUUCUCAGCUUUGCUGCCUCAUGAUCCAGAUCUGUCCUAUAAAUUAGCCCUUCGUGCCAUGAGGUUACCUGUUCUAGAAAAUUCAGCUUCUGCAGGCGACACUUCCCACCCUCACCAUAUGGUAUCUGUGGUACCCAGCCGUUAUCCUCGAUGGUUCACACUUGGACAUCUGGAAUCACAGCAAUGUGAACUGGCCUCCACAAUGCUGACUGCUGCCAAAGGGGAUACUCUGAGACUCCGAACUAUUCUGGAAGCAAUACAGAAGCACAUCCAUUCUUCCUCCCUCAUCUUUAAACUGGCCCAAGAUGCAUUCAAGAUUGCUACUCCCACGGACAGUGGUACAGACAGCACCUUGCUCAACGUAGCCCUGGAGCUAGGAUUACAGGUGAUGCGGAUGACCUUAUCAACCCUUAACUGGAGGCGCAGGGAAAUGGUACGAUGGUUGGUGACCUGUGCUACAGAAGUGGGUGUGCGGGCCCUGGUGAGCAUCUUGCAGAGCUGGUAUACACUCUUCACCCCCACCGAGGCUACUAGUAUUGUAGCUGCUACAGCUGUAUCCCAUACCACUAUCCUGCGUCUCAGUCUUGAUUACCCACAGCGGGAGGAACUGGCUAGUUGUGCUCGAACACUGGCCCUGCAGUGUGCUAUGAAGGAUCCACAGAGCUGUGCCCUGUCAGCCCUCACACUCUGUGAGAAAGACCACAUCGCCUUUGAGGCAGCCUACCAGAUUGCCAUUGAUGCUGCCGCUGGUGGUAUGACCCAUUCACAGCUGUUCACCAUUGCCCGCUACAUGGAGCUCCGUGGCUAUCCGCUACGUGCCUUCAAGCUGGCCUCACUGGCCAUGAGCCAUCUUAACCUGGCCUAUAACCAGGACACCCACCCGGCCAUUAAUGAUGUGCUCUGGGCUUGUGCCCUCAGCCACUCGCUGGGCAAGAAUGAGUUGGCAGCCCUCAUCCCCCUGGUGGUGAAGAGUGUGCAUUGUGCCACUGUGCUUUCAGACAUCCUGCGGCGCUGCACAGUGACUGCACCUGGCCUGGCUGGCAUCCCAGGCCGCCGCAGCUCUGGAAAGCUCAUGUCGACUGACAAAGCUCCAUUGCGCCAGCUGCUGGAUGCCACCAUCAAUGCCUAUAUCAACACUACACACUCACGCCUGACACACAUCAGCCCUCGCCACUAUGGAGAGUUCAUUGAGUUUCUGAGCAAGGCUCGGGAGACUUUCCUGCUGCCGCAGGAUGGCCACUUGCAAUUUGCUCAGUUCAUUGACAACCUCAAACAGAUUUACAAAGGCAAGAAGAAGCUGAUGCUGCUGGUUCGAGAGCGCUUUGGCUGA